AUGGAUCCCCCGGCCCCCAGCUCCACUCGUAAUGGCAACGUAAACACCAGUGCCUUCAAUUACGACGAAUUCCAGGACGACAGAUGUGAUGUCGACGAUAUAGCCGAAGCUGCCAGGAAUACACUUGCUGGACGGGCACAACAAAGACAGGCACUAAGAGAGGGUACCCAUGCAGAUGACGAUGCUGCGAUAGCAGCACAGAACGCGCGUAUCAUCGCCCACGAACGUGUGAAUCUGUUAGAGAGAAUAGCCCAUGUCAAAGCGGUGGUGGAGCGCUCGCUAUUCAACAACGGUGCCCCACCGCUUAUAAGAGGUUUCGGCCAUGCAGACGAAGAUGACGAUGAAGACGAAGACGAAGAUGUUCAGCUAGCACAACCAGCCGUUCGUUCCGAGACCUACGAGCGUGCAGCGAGGUUGGUUCGGGAAAAUGCACGACGAGGAUCGGAGGAACGCCAGCGAUUCGUCGACCAGCAUCGUCGCGCCAAAACCCGUCUCCCAUCUCGUCUUACUGUGCCGACAGCUUCCCCUUACGUACCUGUGAAAUAUGGCAACCAAGCAGUCUACGACCUCAGCAAAGCAGUCGGAUUCCCAACAUACGAUGCUCAUCCUCCCAGCCUCAACGGACAAUUUAUCCCACAAUCACUACAACUACAACCACACGAGGCGAUACACCCACCGACGCCACCACGUACCUCUAGAAACACGCCUCUCCGGCCCGAAAGCUCUCCAUUCAAUAGACAAGCACCACUUCCAUCAACGCCGCCGUCGUUCGCCCACAACGAUAAUCCUUCUUCAUGGGACAGCUCCCUGCUCAACGGAAGCCCUGCGCAUAUCUACGGAAACGCAUUCGCCCAAAAUCCAUUCGGUCAACACUACGUGAACCCAUUCGUCCGUCCAGAUACAGCUGAUAGGUCAAACGUCUUACCCCCAGCACAUGGAGUUCGGAUUACACCUAAAGCCGCUUUGUUUGCACUUGAAAGAGAGUUUCAAGAAGCUAGACGAGCCGCAUCGGGUCGCGAACCUCUGUCGGGUCCUCGUCCUUCAAAUCAGAGUGGUGGGCGUGAGGGGGAUGGGAAUAGGCGUCAUUCCCAUCCGGGUGGAAGAAAGGAGCAUAAGGGUAGAGGGAGGGGAGGACCUAGAUCUGGACUCGGACCUGGAUCGGAUGGACCGUUUGGGGAAUACUGA